AUGGCGCCACCGUCGGGCGACAGUUCGACCGGCAGCAACCAUGACAGGGAGGUCAGGGCCAGAAUGCGGUGCGCUGCGCGCCCGGAUCGCGAAUUGCCGGGGAUCGGUCAUAGUCGACCUGAUCGACGGGAUAGCGGUCCAGUGUAUAGCUUCCGCGAUCCCAACGGAUCGCAUGGACGCAACCGCCGUCGAUCGGCUCGGACGGGGGCCUCGGCAAUGCGGACUAUCAAUAGCAGAUUGCCGUUCGGCAAUUGCGUCAUGCCGAUGAAAGCCCCCAAAACGAAGGUGGGUUGGGCAAUGCCCCGGCGAAGCGGCGACUCAGGACAGAUCGACAUCAGGGGCAGCAGAAGAUCAGGUGGUCGUCGGACAUCGCCGCCAACGUCUGCUCUUGCGUCCCGUUCCGCCUCAUCGUGCGGUGGCGACCUUCAAGAAGACGGACCAGCGAUGCUCGGAAGAAACUGUCGGCAUCCGAGGGCCGCCAAAGGGGUCGGGCAAGUCGAACUGCAACCGCCGGCUGGGACCGUCGAGCAUAUCGGCCAACAGGUUGAACAGGCUCUGCGCCGGUUCGUCGCCCCGCAAUUCCCCGGCCUCCUGAGCUUCGCGAACACAGGCGACGAUCGGAUCGCACAACACCCGGUCCCACGUUGCAGAUCGUUCGCGCAAUUCUUCGGAAAAUACAGACUCCGGAUGUCAUGGAAUGCCAUGGAAACGAACGGAGUCCGGCUCUACGCAAAAAAAGAAAAAAAACGCCGUGCGGCGAAGCGCAGGCGAUCCAACGGGCUGUGGCCUGUGCCAUCUCAUCAAUCGCCUGACGCAGCCGGUCCAGGUCGCGCGUGA